AUGUCGACAUCCACAAGCAACACAAGAAUAAACUUUUCUUACCCUCAACAUUCGAGCAAAUGGUGCGACAAUGAUGAAGAUUAUGACUACUGUGACGAGUAUGAUGAUUAUGACGAUUUCAACAUUGGACCAACCACCACCGCAUCAUCCAUCGCGAGUCGGCGGCAACAGCCAAAGCAAGGCAAGUCGGGUGGAUCAAUCUAUUCUGCCAAACACAUCCGUGCGAAAGAAGCGAUGCAAAAGAGAGCCCGUCAAACUCCUCGACGCAAGUAA